AGCAACAAGCUAACCAGUUGACAAUAGUGAGUACCGUUAACAACAAGCUAACCAGCUGACAAUAGCGUGUAGCGUUAGCAACAAGCUAACCAGUUGACAAUAGCGUGUAGCGAUAGCAACAAGCUAACCAGCUGACAAUAGCGUGUAGCGUUAGCAACAAGCUAACCAGUUGACAAUAGCGUGUAGCGUUAGCAACAAGCUAACCAGUUGCCAAUAGCGUGUAGCGUUAGCAACAAGCUAACCAGUUGCCAAUAGCGUGUAGCGUUAGCAACAAGCGAACCAGUUGCCAAUAGCGUGUAGCGUUAGCAACAAGCUAACCAGUUGACAAUAGUGAGUACCGUUAACAACAAGCUAACCAGCUGACAAUAGCGUGUAGCGUUAGCAACAAGCUAACCAGUUGACAAUAGCGUGUAGCGAUAGCAACAAGCUAACCAGCUGACAAUAGCGAGUACCGUUAGCAACAAGCUAUACAGGGUACAAUAGCGUGUAGCGUUAGCAACAAGCUAACCAGUUGACGAUAGCGUGUAGCGUUAGCAUCAAGCUAGACAGAUAAGGUUCGUAAUAACUAUAUGUUGAUUAUUGUCUUCUAAAAAAUAUCGAGUAUUAUGGACAGUGUUGUACAAUUUAACAAAAAAAAAUUAUCUGUAUUUUAAAUAACUUAAAAACCAAUAGUGCUAUAAAGAAAUUUCAACUUUAAAGUGUUCACAUGGUGCGCAGUCACGUUAAUUUGACGUCACUCCGUAAACGGUUCAUGUGACGUCUCUACGUAAAUCUCGGUUUAAAGGGUCUUUUCGGUGGUUUGUGUUGUCGGCGGGGAAUUACGGUUGCAAUUUGGCUAAAAUCACAGCAACGAACGCGCCUUUGUCUCGUAAAUUAUAGCGUAUUGUUACAGAAUGAAUGAGAAACUCCAAGCACUGAAACAGCUGGUUUGCUUUUCUAUCAAUGAGGCUAAGGACAAACUCCAUCUGUUAGGAGACUCGAUAUGGCGCCACCCAGAGGUGGCAUGUGAGGAAAGACAAGCUCAUGAAACUCUGGUCCGCUUCUUCACCCAGGAGAAAGGGUGGACAGUGGAAGCACACUACAAACUAGAAACAGCUUUUCGGGCCACCUGGGGACCUGUAGGUGGAGGAGAUGGUGAGGCUGUGGUUAACGUGGGGUUCCUGUGUGAGUAUGAUGCUCUGCCUGCUAUAGGCCACGCGUGUGGACACAACCUGAUAGCAGAGAGUGGAGCUGCAGCAGCCCUCGGCCUGAAGGCGGCACUAGAAAGCAAGGAGGUGUGGCCUGUUUCAAUCAAGGUAACUGUGCUGGGGACUCCAGCAGAAGAAGAUGAAGGUGGGAAAGUGGAUUUGCUGCGUGAAGGAGCUUUCAAGGAUCUGGAUGUGGUGUUGAUGGCUCAUCCCACUCAGAAGAAUGCCACAUAUUUACCAUCCAUGGCUAUGCAUAGCCUGCUGGUGAAGUACCAUGGACGUGCGUCUCAUGCAUCAGCAUAUCCCUGGGAAGGAGUAAAUGCACUAGAUGCAGCUGUCAUGGCCUACAGUAACAUCUCUGUACUACGCCAGCAGCUCCGGCCUGACUGGCGGAUCCAUGGUAUCAUAAAGCAUGGAGGUGUGAAACCCAACAUCAUCCCUGACUACAGUGAGCUGGAGUUUUACUUUCGCACAACCUCACACCGAGACCUGCCCAUCAUCAGAGCCAAAGCUGAGGCCUGCUUUCGUGCUGCUGCUAUGGCGACAGGAUGUGAGGUUGAGCUCGUUUUUGCAAAGAACGAGUUUCAUGAAAUGUUGAGGAACCGCAUUCUGGAAGACCUCUAUGAAGAGAAUGGGAAAGCUCUUGGCAUGAAGUUCACCUCAGAGGGCUUUUCAGGCUCUACAGAUUUUGGGAAUGUAAGUCAUGCUGUUCCAGGAAUUCACCCUUAUUUCUACAUCGGCUCUGAGGCACUGAACCACACUGAGGAAUAUACAGCUGCAGCUGGUGCAGAUGAAGCUCAGUUUUAUACUGUUCGUACUGCCAAAGCUUUGGCAAUGACUGCGCUGGAUGUGAUCUACAGCCCAGGAGUGCUGGACAGAAUCAAACAGGAGUUUAGAGAGGCCAAACUCAAUGAGGAGAGAAACUGAAACAGGAGAAACCUGGAGAAUUGCAGUUUAAUCACAGAAAUGAAGUCUAAUUACAUUUACAUUACAUUUACAGCAUUUAGCAGCAAAUGAAGUCUAAUUCUGGGUGAUAACACUAACCCUGUGCUUUUCCACUAGUUUAACUCUAAUGGGCAUUACAGAUAAAGUAGGUACACUACUUCAGAUAAUCUCUAUACAGCUACCUGGGUCAUUAUCUCCGGUGAUGAACAGAAGUCUUAUUGUUUCCACUUUGAACAAGGUAACAGUACUGGAAUGCACAAAACUCAUUUAAUCAAGCUUCAACUCUAAUAUCAUUGGGAGAUUCUGGGAUUAGAUCUGGUGAAUUCAGCUCUUUUUUGUUAUCCUUAUAUUGUUAUAUAAAGGAUCUCUUGUUCUUCUACUUUGGGCAUUUCCCAUUAGGGGUCGUUUCAGUGAAUCAUCAGUUUCCACCUAACUCUAUCCUCUUCAUCCUCUACUCUAGCACCAAUUAACUUCACGCCCUCAUUUAACACAUCCAUAUAUACAGCUCCAUCUCCAACAUCCUUCUACCAAUAUAACCAUCUCCCUCCUCUGUAAAUGUGCAAACCAUCUUAAUCUAGUCUCUCUGACCUUGACCCAAAACAACCAACCUGAGCUGUCCCUCUGAUGUGCUCGUUCCUAAUCCUGUCCAUCCUCAUCACUCAAACCUAAACUCGAACCUCAACAUCCUCAUCACUGCUACCUCCAUCUCUGCCUCAAGGCUUUUCCUCACUGAUACAGUCUCUAACCCAUAGCUGCUCUCACUACUGUCUUGUUCACCUUUCCUUUGAUUCCUUCUGACACUGUUCUGUCACAAAACACUUUUCUUCACCCGGUUUAACCCACCUGUACUCACCUCUUCACCUCUUUUCCACACUCCCUGUCACACUGGACGGUUGACCCUAAAUGCUUAAACUCCUCCAUCUACUUGACCACAGCUCUUCUCUAAGCACCCUGUUAUGCGCUUUCUCUAAAUCUACAAAGAUUUGGGUCCCAGCAGAUUUCUCCAGUGCUGUUUAUUCAAGACUAGAACCAGAGCAGGGCUGGUCAGACUGGGACAGGGCUGGGACAGUCUGGUAAAUCUCCAAGCAUCUCUCAGUAUAGAUCUCACUAAUCACAGCAUGAGGAGGAAGGCAUUAAAGAGGUCCUUUUACAUUCUUCACAUUGGGAACGAUGUGCCUUAUAAGCUUGGAAAAGCACUCUGCCAUUCUAUAGCUAGAGAGCUGGAAGUCUCUAUGAUGAGUUUUUAAGUAACCAGUCUGCUUUCACAUCUUCAGCUGUUUACUAUAUGUUGCAUAAAUCAGAUUUGUAUUAUUUCAAUGUAGAUUAUUAUAGUAUUUUUUUAGCAAGGCAAUCUUUACACCUUUAUUUUUACAUUAAAACUAACAUUAAGCCAUCUCAAAAAUAAAAUAUUCUACCUUUCCAGCUUUUAAUUGUGUAGGUGCUGAAUAAAAUCCUACACACUUAAACUAGACCUCUUUUGUACAUGUUUUCUCUUCAAUCUCUCUCUGUAUACUCUCAACUUCACUAUUGCUCUUCAGUUUACUUCCCCAUUCGUUUAAUCAUUGAUGGACAUCUUGACCUAUUGUAUAUUUUCUGCAGAGUCAGAACAGAGCUCCUUCAGUUUAUUGGGUCAGUCUGUCUUAAUGUUAAUGAUUAGUUUAUUAAACAUCAUUCCUUUCAAAGACAUUUAGCAGCUGAUGACUGACAGCUACAUGUGUGAUCAAAUUGCUGCAUUGCAUCUAUACUGUUAUGUUGUACAAGAACAAAUAAUAACACCGCAAUACAAAUUGCAUUAUCAUGUGUUACCUAAAAUAGCAAUCGGGUGAAGAUAUGACGAUAUCACAAAAUCAGACGAUAAUUAUAAAAGCAUUAUUGCAAAUAAAAGCAGAACUUUGGCAAAUAAAAAUCUUGAGAACAAACUACUGUGUUCAUGUUAGAAAUGUUUUUUUAAUCCUGCAUGAUGAUGCUUAGAAAAUAAAUUAAUUAUGAAGUGUUA